CAACCAGUAGCUGCAGGAUCACAGGCACGAUCACCAUGUGGAGCUCUUUGUUUUCUGGUAUUUAAUCUGGUGUCCACAAAAAACGUUGAAAGAGACAGAAAUUAUAUCAUCAGUAUUACAAAAUAGGCUCCAGCGCGGAGAAAAUGUUGCAAGAAUCUACUUUCACUGUCAACGGAGCGACAGUCACUGUCGGAAAUGAGGUUUCGGUGACGACGUCCCUGACCUCGUACUUGAGAGAAACCUUGAAACUCACCGGCACUAAACUCAACUGCGACGAGGGCACGUGCGGAGCGUGCAUAGUCGUGGCCAAAAUUCAGCGUCCGGGAGCCACGGUCAAAGAGAUGGUCUCCAUCAACUCGUGCUUGGUCCCGGUGCACAGCUGUCAUGGCUGGGAAAUAACAACCAUUGAAGGAGUUGGAAAUAGGCUUGGUUACCAUGAGGUCCAGACUAAAUUGGCGCAAAACAACGGCACCCAGUGUGGAUUUUGCACUCCUGGUUUCGUCAUGAAUAUGUUCAGUUUGGUAUCGGAUGACAAAAAACCGACCAUGCAACAAGUUGAGGACUCGUUCGGAAGCAACAUUUGCCGCUGCACCGGCUACAGGCCGAUUCUGGAAGCCUACAAAGAGAUGGCUAGUGACGCGCCACCUCCGCACCUGAAAAAGCAGUGCGCUGAUAUUGAGGAUAUUUUCAAAACUUGCACUAAAACCGGCAAACCCUGCGCCGGAGAUUGCAAAAAAAUUGAACCGCAGUCCAUCAAAAUCAACCUGGGCGCUGAAAGUUGGCGCAAGGUCAUCAAAAUCGAGGACUUGUUUGCAGCCUUUGCAGAAAUAGGGCAAGAAAAGUACAAACUGGUGGCUGGAAACACCGGAGAAGGGAUUUACCGUUCCCAAAACGUCACUGUCUACAUUGACAUCAAGGACAUCCCUGAGCUGAGUCAGGUGAUCACCACGCCUGUUUUUACAGUUGGUGCCAACAAGACCUUGACUGAGGCAAUUCGCGUCCUCAAAGGUCAAGCUGGAGCCAAUGGCUACGCAUAUUUGACCGAAAUAGCAAAACACUGGGAGGACAUAGCAAGCCUUCCUAUCAGAAAUAUCGGAACUCUAGCUGGCAAUCUGGCUCUGAAAAAAGAACAUCCCGACUUUCCUUCUGAUGUGUUUACUAUUCUCGAAGCUGUUGGUGCACAGCUAAAUAUAUUGACUGGAGUUAACACUCGCGUGAAGCUGACCCUGCCAGGGUUCCUCAACUACAACAUGAGCAAGAAAGUGAUCGAGAGCGUCGAGUUCGCCUCUCUGGACCAGACGUACACCCUGCGCACCUUCCACGUGCUGCCCAGGUCGCAGAGCUUCGUGAGCCACGUGAACGCCGCCUUCCUCAUCAAGGUCACGUCGGCCACUUCGUGGGACUUGGCCGAAGCCCCGCGCCUCGUCUUCGGGGGCAUCGGCGCCCAAUUCAUCCACGCCUCAGCCACCGAGCUGCUGCUCAAGGGCAAAAACCUGCUGGAUGCCGCUGUGGUUACGCAGGCCAUCAGCACCCUGAAGGGCGAGGUCGUGCCUGACCAGGUCAAACCUGGCACCAGCACCGACUACAGGAAGAAACUGGCCGUCGGACUUUUCUACAAGUUCCUCCUCGGACUUGAUCCAGACAAGGUGAAUCCAUUGUAUCGCUCUGGCGCCGAUAUUAUCACCAGGCCCUUAUCAACCUCCACUCUGGAUUAUGAAACAAACGAAAGUGUUUAUCCACUUAAUCAGCCCAUUCCCAAGAUCGAGGCCCUCUCCCAAUGUUCAGGUGAAAUCGAGUACAUCAACGACAUUCCUGAGCGACCUGGGGAGUUGCACGCAGCGCUCGUUUUGACCAAACAGUCGACAGGAACAAUUGAAUCGUAUGAUACAGCAGCUGCCAGCGGUGUUCCAGGAUUCAUCGCCUUUUACUCGGCAGCAGAUUUGGGAGACAUUCCAAAUACUUUCACGCCCUCCAGCGUCUAUCCACAAUUUCUUGAUGAUGAGGAGAUCUUCUGCAGCGGUUCAGUGAAAUACGCAGGGCAGCCGGUCGGCGUGAUUGUGGCCUCGAACAGGGCGGCCGCGGUACAGGCUGCGGAAUUGAUCGACAUCAAAUACAAAAACGUCACAAAACCUCUGCUGGAUGUCAUGGAAAUCGUCAGAAUGACAAAAGAACGCAUCGUUGUCUCCGGCAAAGAUAAGGAAAGCGAGCAGUUGCUGAAAUCGGCUCACAAGGUUCAAGGAAAAUUCGCCAUAGGAAACCAAUACCCGUUGUACAUGGAGAAUUUGUCAUGCAUUGUGGUGCCAAAUGAGGAUGGCUUUGACGUUUACUCGUCGACCCAAUGGAUGGACCUGGACCAAAAUGUGGUCUCCAGAACAGUUGGAGUUCCUGCGACCAAGGUCAAAGUCCACGUGAAAAGGAUCGGCGGUGGUUUUGGUGGGAAGCAGUCCAGGUCGGCUAUUCUGGCGGCCGCCUGCUCUUUUGCGGCCAAAAAGCACAACAAAGCUGUCAGACUGAUUCUGCCCUUCACUACCAACAUUGAAACCACCAGCAAAAGAUUUGCCCAGCGAAACGAAUACGAGGUUGGAUUCGACAACUCGGGAAAGAUCGAGUACGCCAUCAUCAACAUCUACCAGGACAGCGGCUGCUCGCGAAACGAGUCGCCCAUGGGCAUUUUCAACGCCUUCUUCACGAGCUGCUACAGUCUCGAAGGAUACAAAAUUCAGCCGCACGAAAUAAUUACCAACAAAGCUUCCAACGGACCUGUGCGAGGACCAGGCCCAAUCGAGGGAAUCGCCUUCCAUGACGAGAUAAUGGAGCGAAUCGCCAAGACCCUGAAGAAAGACCCUCUGGAGGUGAAGCUGCUGAACAUGCAGACGAUGGACAGUCCUUUGCCCGGUUUGAUCACAGAGCUGCAGAGAAAAGCCGAUUACGCCAAGCGCAAGCAAGAAGUGGACGCUUUCAAUCAGAGCAACCGAUGGAAAAAGAGAGGCAUCGCCAUCACUCCCAUGAAAUACCCGUUCUUCCUAUGGAACCAUUUGACCUCAACAGUGUCCAUCUAUCAAGGAGACGGGUCAGUCUCGAUUGCCCACGGAGGAAUCGAAAUGGGCCAGGGAUUGAAUACAAAGGUGACGCAGGUUGCAGCGCACAUUUUGGGACUGCCCAUUGACCAAAUUUCAAUCAAAGAGAGCAACACAAUCACUGGGGCGAACAACAACAUUUCUGGUGGAAGCAUCAUCAGCGAAGGAGUUUCAUAUGCUACGAUGAAAGCGUGUCAAAUUUUGCUCGACCGUUUGGCCCCUGUCAAGGCGACAAUGGAAAACCCCACUUGGCUCCAGUUGAUUCGCAAAGCCUACGACACAAACGUGAACCUGACUGCGCAAUUCUUGUUUUCAAGAGACGUUCCUGACGUCAAGAAUUACAACAUCUGGGGCGUUUGCAUUUCCGAAGUUGAGGUGGAUUUGCUCACAGGCGAAAGGAUGAUUUCUCGCGUGGAUCUUCUAGAAGACGUCGGACAAAGUUUGAGUCCGCUCAUCGACAUCGGGCAAAUUGAAGGGGCGUUCGUGAUGGGUCUCGGUUAUUGGCUUUCGGAGCAAAUGGACUUUGACCCCGACUCUGGCAGACUUUUGCAAAACCGUCUUUGGCAUUACGUGGCCCCUGGCGCUAAGGACAUUCCGGUUGACUUCCGUGUCUACCUACGCAAAAACGCACCAAAUCCGCUGGGCGUUCUUGGAUCAAAAACUACUGGUGAACCGGCGAUUUGCAUGAGCGUGAACGUCUGGUUUGCCAUUCGGAACGCUUUGGAGGCGGCGAGAAAGGACGCUGGCGGACAAGACGUGUACUUCGACAUGGAUCAUCCAGCUACAAAUGAGCACAUCUUCCAAGCAUCCCUCACUGAUCCCAGUCAAUUCCGUUUAUAAUUAUGCUAUUCCAUCCUUUUACUAUUGUCGAGGAGCUCCGUUUUCAUUAUACAUACUUUUUUCUAAUAAAAUGCAAAUAUCGUUGCUCGCAAAAUUUAUAAUAUUUUUUUCAAUUAUUUUUAAUCAUGUGAGAAAUAGA